GAUUCAGUCCUCUCGAAACCACGCGGCAAAAGACAAUUCCUAGGAUAAGGAUAACAAUAGCCGCGAGCUCGCUAUUCUCGGAUGUGUCAACCAUAAUUCGCGGAUUUUUAUGAAUUUUUGACGAGCGAAACUUCUCACGUACAGAAAUAUAUACGUCAAAAACGGACUUCGUGCAAGAUCUGUGUACAACGUUAUAGUAGCGAAUUCCUCUUAGGGUAACCUAAGCUUAAUUGCGCCGACAUGGAGCAAAAUGGUAUCUCGAUAAUAUCGCCACCGGGUGUCACGGAAAACUCUGUUAGGAAGUCCAAAAGUAUCGGCAUCACGCUCAGAUCCAAUGGCACGAUACAGUCGGCGAGGAGGAAGCUGAAGAUGCCCAGGUUAAAGAAGACGGAGGAUGGUAGCACGUGGGACAAGUUCCUGACUCUUCUAGGAGAAUUGAUUGGAACAGCAAUUUUGGUCUUUCUGGGAUGCAUGGCGUGCCUAGGCAGUAUGAAGCCGUAUCCCUCUGGGAUUGGAUCAGUUAUACCUGUCAUACAAAUCUCCGUCGCUUUCGGUCUUGCAAUUAUGAUCGCUAUACAGUGCGUUGGUCACAUCAGCGGCGCUCACCUCAAUCCGGCUGUUACAAUCAGCGCAGUGAUUUUUGGUAAUAAAUCCCUGACAAUGGCCGGAUUAUACAUCAUCACACAAUGUUUGGGUUCCCUAUUAGGCUACGGCCUACUAAAGAUGAUAACGCCAGAGAGACUUGCGCAUACCGGUGAUCCACGGACAGUCUCCUCGUUUUGCACGACAAAUGUUAAUGAAGCACUACCGGUCGGUUACGGGGUUAUGGCUGAGGCUUUAGCUACGGGCAUACUCGUCUUCUUCGCCUGCGGAAGUUGGGACUCGCGAAACGCGAAGAACACCGACUCGCUGGGACUUAAAUUCGGCCUCUGCGUCACCGCGUUGUGUCUUGCUUUCAUCCCUCAUACCGGUUGCAGCAUGAAUCCCGCUAGAUCGUUCGGGCCAGCAGUAUGGACUAAUCAUUGGGAAGCUCACUGGGUAUACUGGGUGGGACCGAUUAGUGGCGGCAUUAUCGCGGCUCUGAUUUAUCGAUGCCUAUUUUGGGAGACGGAAGAUCAGGAGAACACUAAGCAGGACGUGGGAACUUUGAAUGGCAUCGUUCAAGAGACGUAAACGGAAUGCGAGCGAAAUUGCAUUCCGGUUGUCGGUGGUUCACAAAUUGAAAUCCCGAUCGCUGGUAUUUUCCCCGGUUGAGAAAGAGUACGUUGCAAAAGUUGCGGCGGAAGAUCCUCUCGUGCGGAGCGAUGGAAGCAGAUCGGACUGGGUCCGGAACUUUCCGAAUUUCUACUUCUAUAAAGACGUUCGGAAGCGUCCCAUUCGAAAAUCUUGUAAACCGAAGAAUCGCAACGCAUCGUGGGACUGUGACAAGGACUUUCGCGUCAUGGACUGACGUGACGGAUUAUUUUUGUACAAAAAUGCACGGUGAGAAUUUUCUCUUAAAAUUUACUCUCAAAAUCUGGCAUUUGUGGGAUAGUGUGUAACCCCGAGGAAUUUUAUUAUACUUUUUAGUAAAUUUUACUAAAAAGUAUAGUAAAAUUUCUCGAGGUCACACAUUAUCCCACAAUUACCAAAUUUUGAAGGUAAAUUUUAAGAGAAAAUUCUCUCCGUGUGCGAUAUAAUAUUAGAUAAGGCGCGUAUUCGUUAGCUUUAGAUGCCAUGGAUGCAAAAAUUCCAGGCGUGUUCGUUAUAGCAAUUACAUUUUAUUCACUUUGUCCGCAUCACGGCCGCGCAAAACACCGUGGAAAGGCAUUUCAAAUAUGAAAAGCGACAAAAUAUAAAUUAUUCUUUUUACUAAAAAAAAAAAAAAAUAUAUAUAUAUAUAUAUAUAU